GUUAUUUGUUUCUUAAGAUCUCAGCCGGCUCUCUCUCCUUCUCUCUCGUUCGUCCUGUCGCAGAUCUUUGGAUCUAAAGAUCGGAAAUGGGUGCUGCUGAAAACAACCUUGGGAUGGAAGAGGGUACCCUGGAGAUCGGCAUGGAGUAUAGGACGGUCUCAGGUGUUGCUGGACCUCUUGUCAUCCUUGACAAAGUGAAGGGUCCUAAAUACCAAGAAAUUGUCAAUAUUCGUCUUGGGGAUGGAACUACUCGACGUGGCCAAGUUCUUGAAGUUGACGGGGAGAAAGCUGUUGUUCAGGUCUUUGAGGGAACAUCUGGAAUUGACAACAAGUACACAACUGUGCAAUUUACAGGAGAGGUUUUGAAAACUCCUGUCUCGUUGGAUAUGCUUGGCCGCAUCUUCAAUGGCUCAGGAAAGCCAAUCGACAACGGUCCUCCUAUAUUGCCGGAGGCUUACUUAGAUAUAUCUGGAAGUUCUAUCAAUCCUAGUGAGAGAACAUACCCCGAAGAGAUGAUUCAGACGGGGAUAUCCACCAUUGAUGUCAUGAACUCGAUUGCCAGAGGACAGAAGAUUCCCCUCUUUUCUGCUGCUGGUCUUCCUCACAAUGAGAUUGCUGCUCAGAUUUGUCGUCAGGCUGGCUUGGUUAAGCGGUUAGAGAAGUCUGAUAAUCUUCUUGAGGACCAGGAAGAGGAUAACUUUGCCAUUGUGUUUGCGGCUAUGGGUGUGAACAUGGAGACGGCACAGUUUUUCAAACGUGAUUUCGAGGAGAACGGAUCGAUGGAGAGAGUGACACUUUUCCUGAACUUGGCAAAUGACCCCACUAUUGAACGUAUCAUCACUCCUCGUAUUGCUCUCACUACAGCUGAGUACUUAGCAUAUGAAUGUGGCAAGCAUGUUCUUGUCAUUCUCACAGACAUGAGUUCUUAUGCUGAUGCUCUUCGUGAGGUUUCUGCUGCCCGUGAAGAAGUGCCCGGAAGACGUGGAUACCCAGGUUACAUGUACACUGACUUGGCCACGAUAUAUGAAAGAGCUGGAAGAAUUGAAGGGAGGAAAGGAUCCAUCACUCAGAUUCCAAUUCUUACUAUGCCUAACGAUGAUAUUACACAUCCCACACCAGACCUUACGGGAUACAUCACUGAGGGCCAGAUCUAUAUCGACAGGCAGCUCUAUAAUAGACAGAUAUAUCCGCCGAUCAAUGUCCUUCCAUCUCUGUCUCGUCUCAUGAAGAGUGCCAUUGGUGAAGGGAUGACUCGGAGGGACCACGCAGAUGUUUCUAAUCAGCUGUAUGCAAAUUAUGCAAUUGGGAAGGACGUGCAGGCAAUGAAAGCUGUGGUCGGAGAAGAAGCUCUGUCGUCUGAGGAUCUGCUGUAUCUGGAGUUUUUGGACAAAUUCGAAAGGAAGUUUGUGACGCAGGGAGCGUAUGAUACGCGUAACAUAUUCCAGUCGCUGGAUUUGGCAUGGACCCUCCUCAGGAUCUUCCCCCGCGAGUUGCUUCACCGUAUUCCCGCCAAAACCCUCGACCUGUUCUACAGCCGCGACUCCUCCAACUGAUAGGAUCGGUAUUGUUUUCCAUCCGGACAGAGACUAUAAACCCAUGACUUUGGUAUUUAUUUAUGUGUUGCCCCGAUGGCAUUCCCAUUUUUCUGUGUUUGGGCCUUGCUUAUCUCUGCGGUUGGUUCGCACGCACCUCUGUUAUGUCCUCCACCAAUAAAAAGGUGUUCGUCCCAACCGCGUAUUUGUUUUUUUUCCUUGUACAAUUUAUGGAAAUUUUUCCUAAAUUCUUGGUUAAACAGUGAAAUUCGUUUUCCAAUAAAAAUCUGGAUGCCGCAAGCAAA